UUGUUAUGCAAUUCGUUAUGAUUCAUUGGAUAUUAAUGAUAGAAUCCAUCAAGAAUUUAUUCACACCCCAUUCAUUGAGUUGAGGUUAGAUAGCACACCGGUGAUCUUUUAUUUUGAAUAUUCUUGUUAACGGGGUUGAGAAAAAAAUGAGGAAUCUGUUGAAUUGCAUAAAACUCGAGAAGUUCUCCAGGUAUAUCCGACUUUCCCAGGGAAAUAGAUUUUAUUCUUCUCAAAAGGUCAACAAGAAUGGUAUUGUUCUUGGCGUGUACAGUGAAAAAAUAGGGGACGAAACCAAAUUGAUUCUGACCCCGGCAGCGGAAAAAUUCAACGAAUUAAGCCACGGUAAAUUUUUAUCAAAUUUGAAAUUCGUCGAGUCGGAAAUAAAAGAAGGAAAAUCCUUCGUGUUCUGGGGUCUGCACGAAGACUACCAGGCAGUAGCUGUAACCGGACUAGGCGAGAAAAAUAAAAAAUUGGAUUCCUUAGAACUUAUAGAUUCGAAUAAAGAAGGAAUUCGUUUGGCUGCGGCUAACGGAUGUACCGCUUUGAAAAAUGCUGGAGUCAAAAAUAUAUCUGUUGAAAGUUUAGGGGAUGCAGAAGCCUCAGCUGAAGGGAGCGUUUUAGGGACUUGGAAAUUCCAAGAGUACAAAACGAAGAAAGAUGAUAUUCCCAAAGUUAAUUUAGUUUUGGAAGAUGAAUCGGAGUAUGAGAAAUGGAAUCGAGGUGUCAUAAAGGCAGACGCCCAAAACUUGGCUAGAAAGUUGGCAGACACUCCGUCCAAUCUUUUAACACCAACUAUAUUCAGCCAGCAGAUCGUUGAAGUGUUGAGAUCAGAAAAUAUAACCAUCGAGGUUCAUGAUCAAGAGUGGGCAAGGAAAGAAAACAUGAAUGCAUUUUUAUCAGUUGCUAAGGGUUCAAUAGAACCACCCAAAUUUCUGGAAUUAACUUACAACAACGGUAAAAAUGAUAAACCCUAUGUUCUAGUAGGAAAAGGAGUAACGUUUGACGCUGGAGGCAUCAGUAUCAAACCAUCGACUUCGAUGGACCACAUGAGAGCUGAUAUGGGAGGUGCAGCUAGCGUAACAGCCACCCUUUACGCUGUAGAUAAACUUAAAAUACCAGUUAACCUCAAAGUUCUGAUCCCCCUUGUGGAAAACAUGCCGUCUGGUAGCGCUUUGAAACCGGGGGAUGUAAUCAAAGCAAGAAACGGAAAGACAAUAUGCGUCGAUAACACCGAUGCUGAAGGAAGGUUGAUCCUUGCCGAUGCCCUUUGUUACAGCUCUAAAUUCACCCCGAAAUGGGUAUUGGACAUUGCAACUUUAACCGGUGCUAUGAUGGUAGCUCUCGGGAGUGGAGCAACCGGUGUUUUCACAAAUUCAGACCACUUAUUCAGUAUCCUUCAGAGUGUUAGUUCUAUAACGGGAGAUAGGGUGUGGAGGUUUCCCCUUUGGAAACAUUACCUAGACCAGAUCGCUAAAAACGACGCCUACGACCUAAACAACAUCGGUCAGGGUAGAGGAGGUGGUAGUUGUACAGCAGCAGCGUUUCUCAAGGAAUUUGUGCCGGAAAAUACUGAAUGGUUACAUCUCGAUAUGGCUGGUGUUAUGGGGCCACAACCAGAUACUUCUAUGCCUUAUUUAGGGAAAGGAAUGACCGGACGACCUACCAGGACAUUAAUCGAGUUUAUAGCAGCGCAAAAGUAAAGUUACAAAAAUUGUACAUAAUUUAUUUUGUUAUUAAAGUUUUCAAAAAUUAAA